AUGGACCAAAACACCGCCCAGAUGGGCCAGAUGUCCUUCCACCACCCAAACGCAUCUAUCAGUCCAAACACAUCCGCUUCCUCAUCCCAGAUUUCUCCCUUCUUUCACCAUACGUUCAUGUCUAUCUCCACGGAUACAACUCCCGGUUAUGGCGACGUUAAUGCUGGUACUGCCGCUGAGCGCAAUGUGGAACGUCGCAUUGACCGCGGCGAACAGAAGAGGCAUAUCAGGAAGGUAAAAGAACUCAAACGCAGAUUCAUACAAUCAUUGCAGCAGCAACAGUGUGAGCCACAGCCCCAGACCCAGCCUCAGCCCCAGUUCCCUGUCAGUCAUUACCCUUCCAAAAUGUACAGUCCGUCGAACGUUGCACCUUGGCCAACUCCCAAUGCAGGAUAUGAAACAUCAAAUCCUGUGUUGGACGCUGGUUUGGCACAAGAUGAAUGGUUGACGAUGACAUCUGUCUACGUUCCUCCUCCAGCUGCCUAUCUCCAUCAGCAGCCUAGCUUGGCUCCCAAUGCAGGAUAUGAAACAUUGAAUCCUGUGUUGGACACUAGUUGGGCACAAGAUGAACAGGCUCUCUCCUUCAGCAGCCUAUCCCCCUCAGCAGCCAACACUGGUUGGGCACCAGAUGGAUGGCCAACGACGACACCUGUGUAUCCAGUUGCCUAUCUCCCACAGCAGCCUAUGCAGCCUUUCCAACCACACCACGUCCCCAUCCCUCCUCACGCAUAUUGUGGGUAUGCCCCUGCCCCCUCAGGCUAUGAAUCCAACACAACCUUACCCUCCUCCAAUGCAAGCUGGUCUUAUGCCUGUGCCUGCGGUGGCUUUAUCACCAACAUGUCGGCCAAUUCAACCAGGGAUUUAUGCCUGCAGGGGCAAUCUGUAGGCUCAUCUGGCGGCUCAGCGCAGGGUGGGAAGUGCAGGGCAGUAGAUGUUAAUGGGAUGGAAUGCAAAAAACAAAAACAUAACCCUGGCCUUCAGCCUGAUUUUAGACAAGUCCCCACCCCACAGGGAAUAAAGGACCAAUGCCAAGCUACUGCAUGUGCCGGCAAAAUGAUGCAGGCAAGAGGCGUGCGUAGGAAUAGAGACCAUCAACCAAGCCAUUCUCAGUUGCCGUGCCCAGACUGUGGCGCGUCUCGUUCUGAUUCUCUAAAACGCCAUGUACCUGGCAGUAAGAAGUGUCUCACCAACCAGGCCAAAUCUCAGAAGGUCUCUGCACUACCUUACAUGACUGCAUCUGCAUCAUCGGCCACCAGCACAUUUGUGGCUCUGCCCAUUGUCACGGUCCCCCAAGGGCCUUUCACUUUCCAUGCAGGGGGACCUGCUAUAAGCUCAGUGCCCCAGCAAAUCCCGCCCAUGCCGGCCCCAACACCUGCACCGAGCUCGGUGACCCAGCAAGCCCCAUUUGUGCCCACUGUGCAAUCUGGCAUCUCACCACCACCUGAAUCCUCUGCGCCACAGCAAUCCACAGCAUUACCUCCCUUUCCGGUUAUCACAGAAGAUUUCUCGAUCACCUCAGCAGAGGAAGAUGAGGUGAACCUCUUUGGUUUGCCAGCUCCAUCUCCCUUACCAGUUACAGCAGCAAAUUUCUUGAUCACCCUGGCAGAGGAAGAUCAUGUGGACCUGUUGGGCUUGCCGGUGAUAUCUACCUCUCUUGCACUUCCAUCAGUGCCACAUGUGGAUUUAGAUGAGCCUCUGGAUUUCGAUGAGCUUGCUGCCACCCUAAUAGCUUUAGCGUCCAAUCCGUCAUUUGACAUAUCGGUUCUUAAUGACUGGUUGCAAAACUAA